AUGUUUCGCCAGCGAACAAGUUCGCAAAAGCCAGGGGACGACCUGCUGGCCAAUUUUAGGCAACAGUUUCCUGAAGUUGCGGCAGUCGGCUCGACCGCGGCGGUCGCUGGCCCGGCUCGGACCGCAACCGCCGGACACCCCGAGAUCUCGGGCACGGGACCCGAAAGACCGCAUGGUUUGGGCCACGAUGCAUUCCGCGACCAAGACCCGACCCCACGGGCCUCGAACGAUCCCUGGCGCUUUACUCCGUCGUUGCUGGAUCCGGCAUCAUUCUCCUUUGCGCAAUUUGCAAACCAGGCACCGGGGUAUUACACGCCCACCCCGGGCGGCACGAACACUAUCUACCACCCUCAAGCCGGCGACCUUCACACGCCCACUCUCGGCCUAGGAAUGGGUCUUGGGACCCCAUUAUCCAUGCCCCAUUCCGGAGGCGCGGUACACUCGGGCGCUGGGACGAUGGACAUGGCGGCUUUCCAAGGUUUCCACCCCCAACAGUUCCCGCAAUUCAACGCCUUCAUUCAACCUCCCGCAGCACAGGCCUCCUUCGCCCCAUCCUCCUUCAUACACCAGGACACGGGGUACGAGACCAUGGACCAGGGCUCACCCAUGGACUCGGACCACGCCGACGAUCGGAUCGCCUCUAUCGACGGCAGCUUCCAAAACCAGGCCGCCAUGGUGGCCUUCCAGACAAGGCAGUUCGGAAUGCCCAUGUCGGUACCGCUCCCCGCUUCAGCCGAGAAGUUCCGCUUUCACACCGCCCUGAACGCGCCAACGGCGAUGAUCAAACACGCUGAUGAGAUUCCGGUUACCUAUCUAAACAAGGGCCAGGCAUAUUCCCUGUCGAUUCUCGAUACUACGCCCACACUACCGAUCGCCCCCGGCACGCGAUUCCGGACCUUUGUGAGGGUCUCGUUCGAAGACGAGCAGCAGCGACUGAAGCCCGGGGUGUGCUGGAGCUUGUGGAAGGAGGGCCGGGGCACCAAUGAGGCUCAUCAAAGAGGAGGAAAGCUCCAGGCGGUCGAGUAUGUUGAGGCUGGCCAACCGCCGGAAGGGGAUGACAAGAAAACGCGGAUUGAGCUCGAGACCUUUUCCUUCGACGGCUUCUCCGUUGUGUGGACUCCCGGUGUGAACGGUGCGGUCGAGUGCAACAUUGCGGUUCGCUUCAACUUCCUCUCAACAGACUUCAGCCACUCCAAGGGCGUAAAAGGCAUCCCGGUCCGGUUGUGCGCCAAAACCCACCAGCUUCCGGCCGACGGAUCACCUGCGGCUGAGAGCAACAACACACCUGAGAUCUGCUACUGCAAGGUCAAAUUGUUCCGCGACCACGGCGCCGAGCGGAAACUCUCCAACGAUGUGGCCCACGUUCGCAAGACCAUCGACAAGUUGAAACAGCAGAUUGCGCAAGCCGAGAGUGGGAUGAAAGAUUUCGGAAAGCGGAAGAGGGCCGGCGGUUCGCAGAUGAAGGGUCAGGGCAGCCAGCGGCCGGGCAAAGUGCAGAAGCACAAGCGUACCUGGUCCAUGUCAUCAGCCAGUUCGGCAGGCGGUGGCGGCCCACGGGUACCACUUGAGGAGGACCUGCACUUCAAGCUUCAAACCCUUCAGGACAUGUUUACCAGCACCCGGCCCGUGAGCGUGCUCUACCUACGUGGCGAAGACCCCGACGACCCCGACCUUCACCCAGUUUCUCUCCCGGGCGAAUCGCUCGAGCUCAGCAAAGUCGAAUCACGUGAGAGCAACGCCUGGCGCUCCGGCCGCAGCUCCGUAGCCGGCUCUUCCCUUGUCUCCCCCUCUCCAAGCUCACUCUCCCUUCACUCCCAAGCCUCCGUUGCCGGCAAACCCCCACAUUGGCAAGACCUCCAAGCAAGCGGCAGUCGACCCGCAUCUGACCCUCCAUCACGCGACCCCCACCAAGCUACCAAGGUCCGGCAAGUAGACGAAGCCGGGAAUCUAACCGGCUGGAUCGAGGCCCUCGGCGUGGAUUCCACCUACCGCCCACCUGCCGACCGCGGGCCGAAACCCGUCGCGUGCUUCUACGUCGCCCGCCGUGCAGCCACGGGCAACCCGGAAAUGCACCGGGCCGUCUACCUCACGCAGCGCACCGUACGCGACCUGGUUGCCCGCCUAGCCGCGAAAUGGGGGUUCGACACCUCGCGGGUGCUGCGCACGGUACACGUGGUCGAGCCGCGCGGGUUAGAGGUCGAGAUCGACGACGAUGUGGUCCGGGAACUACCCGAGGGCUUGGAUAUGACGCUGGAGAUUGUCGAGAUUGGCAGUCCCAGUGGUAUUAAGCGGGAGUGGGAGAUGGCUAUCGAUGCGCCUGGCGAAUCGGACCUGCCGUCGCCGGAGAGCAGCGGCCAAGGGGCGGUUGAGCUGAGGCUGCGGUACUGA